AUGUCACAAUUAUCAAGAUGUUUUUACAAAGGUGAAGACACUGAUUUUGUAGUAUAUAUUAAAUCAAAGGAUUCUCUGGAUGAUUACUUAAAGGAGCCAUCCGUGACUAAACUUACAGACACAGUUGAAUUGUUUCAAAUCUUCUCAAACCAUGAAGGUAAAGGUUCAGAUGGUCAACUAGGAGAAGCGUCCCAUGCUCAACUAGAGAAUGAGUUUGGCAGGGGCAAAAAACCAGAGGAAGUGAUCGAUUUAAUUCUGAAGAACGGUCAAUAUAAAGGGAACAACAGAAUGAAGGAGAACACUUUCAGAGGUGCCAGAACCAACGCCAGACAAUAG